AUGGAUCUCAAGAGCCUUAGAAUUUCCUCGCCCCUUGAGGCGGGCACCUCCAUCCUCGACGCACAUCAUCUGCCGUCCUGCUACAACCCAGUAUUCGAGUACACGUCCAAAAGACUCGCCAGGAAGGGGCUACAUAUAACCCUAGUUGUCACACGGAGAGAAACUCAGACCGUGGACGACAGUCAUGCGGCGACGACAUUGGAUGACCCGGUGGUCACCAUGACGCCGCCACAGACUCCUGAUGUCGUGCCCCGGACGCCGGGGUUCUCCACCUUCAAGUCGCUGGUGCGGUCAAAGACACAACACCACUCGGCCAAUACCGAGGAGCCAGACUUCAAGAUUCCAAAACGGAGCAAGACAAUUGCUGCGCUGCCAAAGAAGCCCUCGCUGGCAUCGCUGCUAUGGCCAAUGUCGCCGAGUACCCCGAUCACUCCCAGAACGCCUGCGACACCUAGAACUCCUGCCACUCCCAGAACACCCGCAACCCCAGCCUCCACGAUGACGGCUUCCUCCACCACUACAUAUUCAACUGGUGGUUCACCGGAGACUCUGGACCCCGAUUUCCAGCUCAUCCAUACUGCAUCUCUGACCACGCGGGCAGAGAGAGUCGUCAAGACCACUCUGGAACGCGCCACUCGCAAAUUUCACCUGAGCACUCCACUUGUCGCUCAUGAUCCAUCUGCUCAUAAGAUUCCUUCAGAUGUCAUCCAUCGCUCCAUUCUCCAGAAUGAGCUUCUAUUUUCAUCUGAAGGCCUAACCGUACUGUCACUGGACCACCUGUACACGUUCAAGAGCGCACUGGCACGCUACGCCUCCUCGAUGCAUGAGCCUGGAAGCGAUUUCCGAUUAGAAGAUGCCGUGGAUGAGUUACGGCGGUACGUCUUGUCGUCAUCUGGCGGGCGCCGACGAUUGCUGAAGAGCAGGCUGGUCAGAUCCUAUGAGUGGCUGGGCCCUGUUAGCGACGCAGCCUUGGAUGGUGUGAUGAAGAUGUAUUGCCGGGCAUAUGGCGGUGUCACCAAAGAAACCGGGAUUGAGAACGAUUUGGUCAUACAUCAAGGGGACCCAACCAGAACAAUCCCACCUACGCCGCCUCCCAAGCCCGACGCGAGGUUUGGAAUGGUUGUCCCCCAUGCCAUCCCAUGUAUUCCAAGCUUCGGCGAGAUCUCGUCUUCGGCGAACCAGCCACUUUCGCCUCAGAACAGAGUCCCGGAGACCUCUUCCCCUGUGGUGGACGAGGACGUGACCGACCUUCCUGGGACACCAGUGGUGAAAGACAGCAUACAUAUGCCCAUUCACAAGUUGAAUACCGGAGAUAAUGCAACAGAGGUUGACAACGAUAAAACUCCCACGAAAGUCCAGGGCACGGAGGAGGUGCAGGACACCACAACAACAGAAACCCAUAUGGAGAUUUUGGUACAGCGCCCCAAACCACAAUACUCGCCGAGGGCCUCACCGAAAGCAGCGCUGCCCACACUAAAGCUGCAGACAUCAUUCCCAUCGCUCCCGUCGAAACGGAAGGUGACACCAAUGCCCGGUGCAUUCCAGAAGAAGCCCCCCACAGCAGGACCAUCGACGAGCGACGUGGAGGGCGACAUCAAGAUUGAGAUCGCCGCCGAUGACGACGGCGACAUCACAGACUUCGAGGACGGCGACCUGACCGCCCGGCCCCCGCCGACGGCCACAAGCGCAACCUUCUGGGUCGGCGGGUCCAUCGACGAGAUGCUCAGCAACAAGCAGCGGGGGAGCACCGGCACCGGCUACUCCUGGCGCCACCACCGGAGGAGCUCGUCCUGGGGCCAGUCGCCGCAGCGCCUGGGGCCGGUGACGCCGAACGGGGCCGACGACCUCUCGCCCAUCACGAGGGGCGAGUGGGGUUUCCUGAUGGUCAGCGACCCGUUCAAGUUCAAGACUGCCGCCGUGGAGACUUGUUGA